UGUCUUAUAUAUUUUAUUUGGUAUUGUCCCCAAACUACAUUGUCUAACUGCAGGAAACAUGCUGGCAUGCAAAAGAAUUGGACCAACACUGAUGCGAAUACUGAUUCUACUAUUUUCAGCUUUGUGCAUGUACAAGACAUACCGAUAAUCAAUAAAUUGUGUACUCAAAUUAUUGAAAAUAUUUUACAGUGGCCACAACCGUAAUCGAAUCCGUUUGAAUUCAAUUACUUUGCAUCGUUCAUCCCUUUGAAAGUAUUGAGUUUAAACAAUACAUAUAUAUUUUUAGAAAAUAAUACAUUAUGGAUGUGGAUGUAGAUAAUAAACCAUCAAAACAACACAAAGUAAGAAAAGCUGGCAGGAAAGCAGAAAAAAGGAAACUGAAGGAAGACAACAGCAGAGAGGAUGCAACUACUAAAAAGAAAAACCCAAAAGCGUAUGCAAUCCAAAGUGUUAACAAAUUAGCCAAGUCGUUUCAUCGGGCACAAGACAUCAAAACGAAAAAACAUCAUAUACCUGUCGUUGAUAGAACCCCACAGGUGCCACCACCUGUCGUUGUUGCUAUAGUUGGUCCACCAAAGGUUGGUAAAACGACUUUGUUACAAUGUAUUAUAAAGAAUUAUACAAAGCAAAAACUGACUAAUAUUCAAGGACCAGUCACAGUCGUAUCUGGUAAAAAUCGUCGACUCACAAUUAUCGAAUGUCCGAACGACAUUAGUGCUAUGAUUGAUAUUGCAAAAAUUGCGGACUUGGUACUUUUACUUGUUGAUGCAGGAUUUGGAUUUGAAAUGGAAACUUUUGAAUUUUUGAAUAUCUGCCAAGUGCAUGGUAUGCCAAAAAUAAUGGGUGUUUUGACUCAUUUGGAUGCAAUUGACAAUGCGAAGAAAAUAAAGAAAACAAAAAAAUUAUUAAAACAUAGAUUUUGGACUGAAAUAUACCAAGGUGCCAAGUUGUUUUAUUUAAGCAGAAUGGUCUAUGGUGAAUAUCAAAAAAUGGAAAUUCAUAAUUUAUGUCGAUUUAUCAGCGUAAUGAAGUUCAGACCUUUGAUAUGGAGAUCAACACAUUCAUAUUUAUUAACUGAUAGAAUGGAAGACCUAACCGAUCCUGAAAAAAUUCGACAAGAUUCUAUUUGUAAUCGGAAUAUAUCAUUGUAUGGUUAUGUCCGUGGAAUGCCACUAAAAAAUCAUUCAUCAAUUCAUAUUCCUGGUGUCGGGGAUCAAAUUAUUAAAAAUAUCUCAUUUCUUCCGGACCCGUGCCCUUUGCCCGAAAAGGGAGAAAAAAGACAAAGGCGUACUCUGGAUGUAAAAGAAAGACUUAUUUAUGCUCCUAUGUCUGGAGUUGGUGGAAUUAUUUAUGAUAAGGAUGCUGUUUAUAUUGAUGUGCAAAGCUCGACACAAAGGAAUAAUGGACAAGUCGGUGAAAUAGAAACUAUUGAUAACGAAAUAGUAGAUGAUUCAAUGAUUGGAACAAUGACAUUAUCAAAACAAACCAUUGAUCAUAAAAUGGAAAAAAGUCAAUUUUCACUUCUGGAGGGAAUGAAACCAAUUACGAACAACGAAGCAGAAAGUAUGGUUGAAAUGCCUAUGGAAGAAAAAACAUUUGAUGUUGAAACAAAUCGUGUUAGGAGAAGAGCAGUUUUUUCUAUCAAAGAUGGUGAACAGCAAGAUUCUACAUCAAACGAUGAUGAGGAAGGUUAUCAAAGUGGAGAUUCCGAUGAUGAAAGUUGUAACGAAUCUGAAAAUGAAAUAGAAGAACCAAAUGGCAUUUCUGAAAGUAAAUUGAAAUGGAAAGAAAAUUUGAAAUUGAAAGCUCAAAAUUUGUACAUUCACAGGCAGAAAAUGAUGAAAAAUCUUCCUAAGUUGGUUUAUGGUAAAAUUGAAAUCAAAUCAGACACUUCUGAGUCCGAGGAAGAUGAAAAAGUCGCUGGUGAUUUAUUUGUCGUCAAACGGAAUAUGAAAGCAAAGAAAAAUACGAAAGACAAUAAAGACUGCAGCAUAACUUUGCGGCGACAACAUGGGGAUGAAAAUAGUGAAGAUAUACGCCGAAGUAUCAGUGAUUGUUUUGUCACAGGUGAUUGGAAUCAAGAUGAAGACGCCUCUCACUUAUUACAAGAGGAUGAAAAUUUGUAUGGUGAUUUUGAAGAUUUGGAAACAGGACAAUCUUUCACAUCUGGAGCUAAAGAUAAUGAAAGUGAUUCUGAUGAUGUUGAUACAGUUAGAAUUAAGAAACCCGAUGACCGUGAAGCUAGAUUGAGAGAAAAACGUCUUGCCAGAAAACGAAAAAUGAAAGAAAUAUUUGAUCGGGAAUAUGACGUCAGCCAAGAAAAUGGUGAAGUAACAACCGCAAGUGGAAGCCUUUUCGACUCUGUCAAAACUGAACUGGCUGAACAAGCGAAAUUGAACCGUGCUGAAUUUGAAGAUAUGGAUGACGCAACUAGAGUACAAUAUGAAGGCUACAGACCCGGAAUGUAUGUUCGCAUUGAACUGCACGAUAUUCCUUGUGAGUUUGUAAAAUAUUUCAAUCCAACAUACCCAGUUAUAGCAGGUGGUUUGUUGGCAACUGAAAUUCAAACAGGCUUUAUCAGAGUUCGAGUUAAAAAACAUCGCUGGUAUCCGAAAAUUUUGAAAACACGUAAUCCAAUGAUAUUUUCUAUGGGUUGGAGAAGAUUUCAAUCUUUGCCGAUGUAUUAUAUGGAAGAUCACAAUUUGAGACAGAGAUAUCUUAAAUAUACACCACAAAAUAUGCAUUGUUGGGCUGUAAUGUGGGGUCCCCUUUGCCCACAAGGUACAGGAUUCUUAGCAAUCCAAGCUCUUGCAAAUAGAGACGUUCCUAAUUUUAGAAUCACUGCCUCUGGGACUAUUUUAGAAUCUGAUAAAAGUACAAAAUUGGUUAAAAAAUUGAAGCUUAUUGGUUAUCCAUAUAAGAUAUUUAAAAAUACCUGUUUUGUGAAAGGAAUGUUCAACUCAUCUCUUGAAGUUGCUAAAUUUGAGGGAGCAGCCAUUCGAACUGUCAGCGGCAUACGAGGACAGAUAAAAAGAGCGGUUACUGAUGGCCCGAACAAUAGCGGAGGAUCCGAAGCCGGAUCUUUCCGAGCAUCUUUCGAAGAUCGUAUAUUGAUGAGUGACAUAGUGUUCUGUCGUACCUGGUGUCCAGUUGAUGUUCCAAAAUUUUUCUUGAAUUGUGCAAAUUUAAUGUUGCCCGACAAAGAUAGUUGGAGUGCAAUGAAAACUGUCGGACAACUGCGUCAUGAGAAAGAUCAGAAAUUACAACCGAACGAAGACUCCCUUUAUGGACCAAUCGAAAGAGAAACUAGGGUUUUCAAUCCUGUUGUAAUACCCAAAAAAUUACAAAAAGAAUUACCAUAUAAAGUAAGACCGAAGUUACGAAGAGAAAAAAUAGAAAGCAGACAAGAAGGAAUGAUGAAAGUUGCGAUUGUCAGAGAACCGAAAGAUAGAAAAAUAGUCGAACUUAUGACAGCAUUGCGUGCACUUGAUCAUGACAAAAAGAAAAAGACCAAACAAGAGAAGAGGGUCAAAUAUCUCAAGCACAGAGAAAUGUUAGAAAAAGAGGAAAUCAAAAAUAAAUGGAAACAUAAAGAAGCAAAAAGGAAAGCUUACGCAAUGCUGAAUCAAAAACAGAAGAAGAAAAGAUAGGAAAUUUAGUUACACUUGAAGAGCUUCUCAUUGUAUCUUAUAUGCUAAAUUAAAGCAUGAAAGCUAUUCAGAAUUUUCGACUUAUAAGGGCAUUGACUAAAUAGAUACCAAAUAGAAACAAUUUUCUUUUACAUUUAAUAUCAUCCAAUUGUAUUUUCCACUAAGGCAGCCAUUGUUAUGUUGAUUGAUCCAUAGUAAUUUUUUGAAAAGAGAGAUAUUGCAUGAAAGGCAGUGUUUCUAUUCUUGCAUAUUCUUUGAAAAUACUUUUAAGGGAUUUAUUUGUGUUUCUUAGCUAAAUUUUUCGAAUAAUGUUAAUUAAAUAAACAAACAGUCUACUGUCAGGUAGCUUACACGUCAUUUUUUUCUCGUACUGCAUCUUGUUUAAAAGACAUGUAUUUGUGUCAAAACUAAGGUUAUCUUAAUCAUUUGCAUACUACUGUACUUGAAAUGGUAUUGUAAUUAUUGAUGCUAUCUUAGACUAAUGCUAAAUUGUGCUUUCAUGUAUGUCUUUCUCCCUCCUCUGGAUAGGAACAGUCCUAUUUUACUAAGUGUCUUAUUAUUCUCUUUGCCUAGA